ACGGGCGUCUUGCAGUUACUUGUACAAAAUUGAUCAGAUCUGAGCAAUUUGUUUAAAUCGUAAUUAAAUAUGAACUUUAACCUUUUUCGGUUUGCCAUGUCUCGAUUCAGUUUCCUAAAUCUGUCUAAAAUGAGCACAAAUAUUUUAUUUAAAAAUCUGAUAGAAAAUAAAAAGAAAAUAUUCAUUCAAAAUAAUUUAUUAAGUCGCAGGCAUGUAAUAUGUUGUGAUGCAUUGUUUAUUACUUAUUCCGUUAGUUUAUUUGGUUUGUUUAAAAGUGUUGAUGAGGAUGAAACACCAGAGAAUAAACUAAUCACUACCAUCAAACGAUCCAUUUUGUGUAUUCAGCGGGAACAAUACGACAGAGCUGAACAAAUGUUACAUUUGGCUUUAAAAAUGUCGCAAGAUUUACAAAGUAAGGAAGGCAUUACUUAUGUUUAUGACAUAAUGGCAAAUUUAGCUAUGGAAAGAGAACAAUUCAAAAAAGCGGAAAAGUUAUUUGCUGAAGUUAUGCGCAGAUUGUUAGGAGAUGGUCUACCUGAUAACAACCCUAAGGUAAAACAAAUUUUACACAUUAGUUCAAAGCUUGCUCAUAUAGCUCAACUGCAGGGAGACAUUGAAAAGGCCAAAACCGGUUUCAUAUGGACUUUAGGAAAAAUAGAAGAAUGUAAAAAUAACAUGCCUGAUGAUAUCGAUGUAAAAGAGCUGUGGGCUCUAACUACAAAUUGGUUUGGUCAAUUGCUAAUGAAAGAGAAUAAAUUCAAACAAGCUAAACAAUGUUUUGAAGAUGCGUAUGAUUGUUUUAUAAAAAUUCAUGGAGCUUGUAACGAAGAAGCAGUCACAAUCUUAAAUAAUUUAAGCGUUGUAUGUACAAGUAUGGGACAUUUUGGUGAAGCUAGAAGAUAUAUUUUGAAAGCUUUGGAUUUAGUUAAAAGUAUAAAGGAUACAUCACAAGAAGGUGUUUUACUCGCUAAUUUGGGAUUAAUUUAUCUGCGAGAAGGCUUAAUCAACGAGGCAAAAACUUAUUGUUCCCAAGCUUGGAAAACUGGUAAAACUCAGCAAAAUGACGCUGCUAUUGAACAAGCAGAGUAUUGUCUCAAUGAAAUCAAAACAUAUACAAGUAAAUGACUGAGAUCAUUCUGAUUAUUGUUAUCUUACAAUUCAUUAAAAAACCAAAGUGGUCUGUAUAGUCUGGUAAUUGGUUAGCACAAACUUAAACAAAAUACAUUAGAACAGUGAUGUUCAUCCCAUACAACAAUUGUUUAAAAAAUUUAAACACAUUUGUUACGCUCUUUUAAAGAGCGUAAUAAAUGUCUCAUUUUUUCAGAAAUUCAAUAAGCAUUGUUGUUGGUUGGUUUUUUGAUGAAGCAUAGCAAACACAUGCGUUUCAAUUACAAUUGAACACAAAAAAACAAAGUUAAAAAUAAAUAAAAAAUUUGAGAGUAUUUCGGCCGUAUAAUGUAUAUUCUUUCAUUUCCUUAAAAUUUAAAUUAUAUUCAUUUAAUAAAUUGGUUUUAUUUGACAAAAAUUCUAAAUUUAAACUUUCUUCAUUUUGUUAUUAUUUUAAGUGUUUGACAUUAUGUUUGCUGGGUAGCUCUCUCACCAAAUAUCUUCAUUUUUAUUUUUGAACAUCACUGCAUUAGAACUAUUUUUUACAUCUUUUUUUAAAAUAUAUGUAUGAGUUAAAGCCCAACCAUAAUUAGUUCAAGCAACCUUAAGAACGUUUGAAAAUUCAUCGAACAUAUUGUUAUGAUCUGACAAACAAGUUGCAUUAAUUAAUUGACUCAAUAUUUUUAUUAUUUUUUGUUUGUUUAUUUAUUUAUGAUGGCUUUUUCUUUAAGUGGAUUAAGCCAAUUAUGAAUAGGUCUUUUUUAUUUUUGUUAAAUUAAUUCAAUAUUUUUUUAAAUAAUAUGUACUCGUAUAACAAAAAGUCCAAUAAAAAUAAAAUUUGUUAACAAAUGCAGCAAA